AUGGAAUUAAAAAAUGGACCAAUUUAUAAAGAAAACGUGGCAUGUUAUGAUAACGUGACGUGUUAUAAUAAUGGUGGAAGAUGUAUGCCGUGGACUUCUCUUGAGGUUGCAUGGACCACCUGCGAUAAUAAAUUCUUUGAUCACACCCAACCAAGUGGGAAAAAUAUUACUUAACUUAUUGAUAUUUUAUUUUAGUUGGUGAAGUUCGGGAACUUUGGUUGACGCACAAAAUGUUCGACAAAAAUGAGACAGAAUUGUUUUUCAAUUUGAAUAUAACGAAGGAUGGCAAUUUCAUAAUGGACUUUGAAGGGAAACCAAUGGACUAUUCUGAGGUGUUGUAUCGUGCUGCCUGCAUUCCUGAAGAAAAAGGCAUUGCUGAACCUGUUACAUGGAAAAUCAACGGAACUCUACCGAAUCCGAAUUAUGCGAACUUGCUG